UAUUAAUGGGUAGUAAUCAGUACAAGCUUCGAGAAGAAAUGUCAUCGUCUUUCGCAUCGAUUUAUUCUCGAUUUCCUUUCGAGAAUUGGUUGAACGCGAGCACACUAACAUUCUCUUUAAAAAAUCGAUAUGCACACACUGACUUACCCAAUGCUAGCUUUCAAGAAUAUCGUCGAAAAUCUCUUCAGAAUUCGAAUGUGUCGACUAAACGGAGCAUCGAUGAGCGAAAAACAUCAAGUUACGUAAUGUCUUUUGUGGGCGGUGUUGCUGGACUUUAUGGGUUCAAGUCUCACUUGUUACAUUACAUAGAAAGUCUGGCUCCAGCACGUAACAUUUUAGCAGAAGCGCAAAUUGAGAUUAAUUUGCAAGAUAUACCGGUGGGAAAGGUAUCAGUAUUUAAAUGGCGAGGAAAACCGAUCUUCAUUUACCAUCGCUCCCAAUCCAUUAUAGAACAAGAGAAAGUAAUAAAUGUGGCGACAUUAAGGGAUCCUGAGACAGAUGAUCAAAGAGUCAAACGAGCGGAAUGGUUGAUCGUCAUUGGAAUUUGUACGCAUCUCGGUUGCAUACCAAUUCCUAACUCCGGUAUCAUACGCGGUGGAUUUUACUGUCCGUGUCACGGAUCUCACUUCGAUGCGUCUGGGCGCAUACGUAAAGGACCAGCACCUACUAAUUUGGAAAUACCAGAAUAUCAAUUCCUCGAUGACGAUACCAUUCUAGUUGGUUGAUUUUAUUGUCCUUAAUAAAUGAUUUACUCGACUAAUAUUUCUAAUAGUAACUAUAUCUUAUUACAUGCGUAAUACUACUGUUUUUUUAAUCACGUCAGCUUUCUUCAUUAAGAAUCUUCUUUAUUGUUUAGUUAUGCGAAAAUAAAUUUACAUACUUUUAUAAAUCCUUCGUCGCAUUGCCUAUUUCUUACAUUUUAAACGCAUGAAACAUAAAAUGUAACAUAAAUAUAUAAUGCAAAAGAGUAUAAUCUAAAUAAACAAAUAUAUUUACUACCACACAUGAAACUUCCUCUGUGUUACUUACUAUUGAUUAAAAUAUGUACUUACUCCAAAAUAUGUACUUAUUCCAAUUGUAAGUAUAACCAGAAAGGAAACAUAGAAAGGAUGAUAUAUAGAAAGGAAUGUCAGAUAGGAAACUUCCUCUUUGGGAAUACCGAUUGAUAUACCAGACAGCGUCGCGUUUCGACCAUUUCCGACUAUUUUCGGUAAUCUUCGGUCAUAUUACGAUACGUUCAUUAGUGCGAUGUUGAACAUACUACGUGAUACUUUAUGUUUCUCAUUUUUUUUUCCUCUAAUCAUUUUUU